GAGAGCAGUAUGCGUGCCUGAUUCAGGAGCCAUCUUGAAUUUCUUUCAAAACACCGCAUUAUCUCUCUCCUGCGACACUUAGAUUUCAGAUCCUCAGAUUUUCUUCAGUGGUAAGACAAGAAUAGAGAAGUAACCAUGCCAAGAGUAGAAGAUUCAGAAAAGAAGUUGUUCGUUGGAGGACUUAAUUAUGAUACGGAAGAUAAGACGCUUAGGGAGUACUUUGAAAGGUUCGGCCCCCUCACAGAUUAUGUAGUCAUGAGGUUCCCAGACUCCAAGAGGUCUAGGGGGUUUGGGUUUGUUACCUAUGAAAGAUUGGAUAGUCUAGAGCACUGUAUGGGUUCCCAGCCCCAUUCUAUAGAUGGUAGGAAUAUAGAGCUCAAAAGAGCAACCCCUAGGGAUGAAUCUUCAGGAGGGGGUGGUGGAGACAGGAAGUAUGGUAGGAAACGUGCGUUUGGAGACGAUGACGAUGUUGAUGACCCAGAGAGCAAACUCAUGAGGAAGCUGUUUAUCGGAGGAUUGAGUUACAACACCAGUGAGGAUAGUAUGAAGGCCUACUUUGGAAAGUACGGAACCAUUGAGGAUUCUGUUAUCAUGAAAUUUCCGGAUUCCGGAAGAUCCCGUGGUUUCGGAUUCAUCACGUACGCGAAAUCUUACAUGGUGGAUGAUUGCCAGCGAGCCCGACCUCAUGAGAUCGAUGGUAAGACUGUAGAAUGCAAGCGUGCCACACCAAGGUCGGAGGCUAAAAAUCCUGAGGCCCAGGCCUCCGUCAAGAAACUGUUUGUCGGAAACCUUAUCGAAGAGAUGACAGACGCUGACCUGAGGGACUAUUUCAGCAAGUUUGGUGAGAUCACCAACGUUGAGCAGAUGAAGUGGAAUGAUACCGGUAAGAAACGUGGAUUCGGAUUUAUUGAAUUCGACGAUGUCGACGCUGUCGACAAGAUUUGUCUGAUUGGACGACAUACUCUUCUCGGGAAACGAUUGGAAGUGAGGAAAGCUUUGAGCAAACAAGAGAUGGCCAUCAUUAAGAAGGCCAAGAUGAGCGAUGAUUGGAACAGAGGGGGUUCAGAUUUCAAUAAUAUGGGAGGUGGUAUGAGGGGGAGUAUGGGAGGAGGAGGUGGUGGAAUGGGAGGCGGACAUGGUAUGGGAGGAGGUAUGGGAGGGGGCAUGGGCGGUGGUAUGGGAAUGGGAGGAGGCAUGGGUGGAAAUAUGGGAGGCGGUAUGGGUGGCAAUAUGGGAGGAGGUAUGGGCGGUGAUAUGGGAGGUAACAACCAAGGAGGAAUGGGAGGCAUGAACCCCAUGAUGAUGAUGAACAUGAUGAUGACCAUGAUGAACCAAAUGUCUGGCGGAGCCGGAGGAAACAUGGGCGGAGGAGCCGGAAAUAUGGGCGGAAGUUCAGCAGAUGAUGGAAAAAAAGAUUCUGUGCCCGUGAAACCUGAAAGAGGAUUUGGCAGUGCUGGCUCCACUGGAGCCACAUCUGCUUCAUCAUACGGAGCUGGUUACAACAGCAGCUCCGGAUACAGCGGAACCGGAUCCGGAUACAGCGGAAGCUCUGGGUACGGAUCAAGCGGAUACUCUGGAGAUGCUUCCGCCAACAUGAUGGCGAAUAUGGCCAAUAUGAUGGGCAUGAACUGGGGAGGAAGUGGCGAAAGCUGGGGUGCAGGCGGAGCCAGCAACGGCGGAGGCCCAGUCCGAGGCGGAGGCUCCUCCAGCCGGGAUUCAUCAGCUCCUUACUCCAGACGUUAAUUUCGCGCAUUUUUUAAAAUUCUUUUUUUGUAUUUGAGACCUUGUAAUAAGUGUGUAUAACUCGUUAGAUAACAAGAAAUUUAACUAAAUCAAUGGUUCAUUAUUUCUCUUUUUCAGAAAA